CAGCCCCCGGCAGGCCCCGCGACAACAGCGAAAGCCACGUGACCUCGCUUCGCUGGGUGCCACGGUCAUGUGACUUCGGGAAGAUGGCUGCCCUGACAGCGGAGCAUUUUGCAGCACUCCAGAACCUGCUCAAGGCCUCCUCGAAAGAUGUUGUCAGACAGCUGUGUCAAGAAAGCUUUUCCAGUUCAGCCCUUGGCUCGAAAAAACUCUUGGAUGUUACAUGUUCCAGCUUGUCUGUGACUCAGGAGGAGGCAGAGGAACUGCUCCAGGCUCUGCACCGCCUCACUAGGCUGGUGGCAUUCCGUGACCUGUCCUCUGCCGAGGCAAUUCUGGCUCUCUUUCCAGAAAAUUUCCACCAAAACCUCAAAAACCUGCUGACAAAGAUCAUCCUAGAACAUGUGUCUACUUGGAGAACCGAAGCCCAGGCAAAUCAGAUCUCUCUGCCACGCCUGGUCGAUCUGGACUGGAGAGUGGAUAUCAAAACCUCCUCAGACAGCAUCAGCCGCAUGGCCGUCCCCACCUGCCUGCUCCAGAUGAAGAUCCAAGAAGAUCCCAGCCUAUGCGGAGACAAACCCUCCAUCUCAGCUGUCACCGUGGAGCUGAGCAAAGAAACACUGGACACCAUGUUAGAUGGCCUGGGCCGCAUCCGAGACCAACUCUCUGCCGUGGCCAGUAAAUGAUCCAGCCAGCUGCCAGGGCCACUGCCAUGACCCAGCUGCUCAUGAGUGAUAAAUGUCUCCCCAUAUGCAGGCUGCCCUUGCAGCUGCAGCUGACAACAGGCAGGAUGGUGGGGACGGCAGGGGGCUACUGCCAUCCCGAAGUUACAGUUGGAUUGGGAAGAAGCAGCCAGAUCCCCCGCUGUUCUCACUCAUCUUCUUUCUCUUUCUGAAGCUGGAGAGCAGAAGCCCCCAUCUUUGAAAAGCUCCUGAGUGCAACUUAAUUACCACCAUGGCAGGGUGAGGGAACAUUUGCAUCGUCAGCUGCCUCUGCAUAGCUGUUUGAGAAAUUCAGGCCCAAAUCAUGCAGCCUAUCCAAUAAGUAAGUUUAUUUCCAACAUUAGCUCUAAUUAGUUCAUUUCCAAUCCCAGAACACAUGGAGGGAAUCGGACAGGUGAUGCCAGCAGUUCCCGCUCCUCUGUCAGGGAAGCCAGGCAGAGCCCACAGAGCAUGGUCCAUCCAGAGUGUUCCCUGAGCCCCCUCCACCAUACUGGAACCCCUCUUCAGUGUAGGAAGUCUGAAAUGGGUGCUAAUUCCCUUCUUCAUGAAACCAGGGCCCUCUUCCGUCAUCUAAUGCAGCCACUCCUAGGUGAAGAAGUGGGACUAAUUGGAAAUAAACAACAGUUCUAAAACUUC